AUGUCCGCGCCAAACAUGCUAUCGGAGGAGCGUAUUGACUCAUGGCGCCAGCGCGUUCCCAGCCGUCUUGAUCGUGAUGAUCCUUUCAAGGGCGAUGGGUUCGACGAGCGCCCUUCAACACGACUGACUUUCCGUGAAGUUUCUCCACCUCCACGUCGUCCUCAUACACGACUGGGUUUCCUCCGUGCAGCCACGCCUCUGUUUGGGCGCUCCUCUACACCCUCUAGUCGCCCUGCUUCAGGCAUGACUGAACGACGUGCAGAGAGUAAUCGAACCCGCUUACUCACUCUUCUCAGUCGCAAGCGCAAGAGAAAGGAGGAUGAAGUUGAAAUUCCUCGUGAACCUUCCGACGCCUUUGCCCGUCCACUGUACGAGACAUAUGUCAGUGAUCGAGUCUACCACAAGCAGCCUUUGACCUAUAUCGAAUGGGACGCCAUAUUCCUCUGUUUCGACAUUUCGGACAAGAUGUCCAUGUAUACAAUUGUUCAAUGGUGGAAUAAUGCUUCUAAUCACGGAUUCGCCAAGUCGGCCACUUUUGAACCCCUGUUGUAUCUUGUCGGUCUCAAGAAGGAUAUUCGCGACCAGUGCUUUUUGGAAGAUCAUCGAACUGAUUCCGCAGCGAAUUUGUCUUCGGAUUUGAUCGUGUAUCCCACUUGCUGCGUCAGUCCUUCAGAGGCAUCAUGGCAAGCAAUGAGAAUUGGAGCACAGAAAUACAUCGAGUGUUCAGCUGCUACCGGAGAGGGAAUGAAGGAUGUCAUUGACGGCACCGGACGAGACGCCAUGAGAAAGAUUGUCGGCGAGGAGUGGCUCGAAGAUGAGGUUGUUGCUUCCAAGAAGAAACGUCGGUUCCUCUGA